AUGUUGACUGAGCCAGUCAAAGAAUGGCCCGUCUUUCAAAAAUGGUCGACAGACGAACUUCUAGCCAAGUACAGCAGCACGACCUUCCGCGCUGAAGCUGUAGACUGGCCAUUGAACACGUACGUUGAAUACAUGAGGAACAACUCAGACGAAAGUCCCUUAUAUCUCUUCGACCGCAGUUUUGUGGACAAAAUGGGCUUGGAAGUCGGUCACCCUUCAGUCGUCCCCAAUGCUGCGUAUUGGCCACCACCAUGCUUCGGGGAAGAUCUGUUCGCUGUUCUCGAUUCAGACCGUCCUGAUAGUCGAUGGCUCAUCAUAGGACCUGAGCGAUCAGGAAGUACUUUCCACAAAGAUCCUAACGCGACAAGUGCGUGGAAUGCUGUACUCCGUGGGUCCAAAUAUUGGAUUAUGUUUCCGUCUUCGUCUAAACUGCCCCCUCCUCCUGGCGUUUACGUUUCGGACGACCAGAGUGAGGUGACGUCGCCUCUCAGUAUUGCUGAAUGGUUGAUAGGCUUUCAUGCAGAGGCAAGACGCACGCCAGGAUGUCUUGAGGGGAUCUGUGGAGAAGGGGAAGUUUUACACGUUCCUUCAGGCUGGUGGCAUUUGGUGGUCAACCUCGAGCCGUCAAUUGCUAUUACACAGAACUUUGUGCCUAGAGGACAUCUAUCUGCGGCUUUAGACUUUCUACAAAACAAAGCCGACCAGGUAUCUGGCUUCCGUAAAAAUGUCGACGAUCCUUUCGCUAGAUUUGUCGAGAAGAUGAGACAAUCGUAUCCAGAGCUCCUUGACGAAGCGCUGGAAGACCUAGCAAAACAAAAGGAAGGAAGGAAGCGAAAAUGGGAUGAAAUUGUUCAUGCUAAUUCUCGGGUCGAUGACCCAAGCGGCAAAGCUGAAGAGUUCAGCUUUGGAUUUGGUGGGGACGAUAGUGAUAUCGAAGUCCCUUAG